CAAGAAGGCUAUUAUUACGUUCGAGAUCAAACAGACACUGCUGUAACUUGGCAUCUAAGCUAUCCUAGUACAAAGAAACAAUUCAAACCUAACUCCAUGGAAAGCAUAGAAGCCAAAGAAGCCGAGCGACUCGGCCACGACCUCGCGUCACUCAGCUUAGACUCCGGAUACCCACAUCCCGACAACGAUGGCACACCGAACGAUGAAGAUUAUAACUACGAUUGGCUGCUCGAAACCAGUUUCUUCAACAACGUUGUUGUGGUGGGCAAUCUUCCAGUUGUCGAAGCUGGCGGAGUGGAAAAGCUUGAAUCUUGGGUUCAGAUGAACUGUGGCAAGUACGGUUUGAUAAAGAAAGAUGGGUUCUCGAUGCCCCUCAAUCCGCGAACCCAGGAGAGCUUAGGUUAUUGCUUCAUCGACUAUAACACUCGCAAGGAAGCUGAGAAUGCUCAGAAGAACAUAAAUGGUCAGAAGAUGGACGAGGAGCACACAUUGUCAGCCUAUUUAUAUGAAGCAUUCGACAGGGUUAUGGACGCUCCUGAUGCGAGGACUCCUUCGGAGACUGCACCCUACUUUGACAGGGAAAAUUCGCAACAAUGGGAUCAGAAAAUGUUGAGAGAUGGAGAGGCAAAUGAAGAGGAAGAUGAGAUUAAGUCAGUUGACAUUAAGGAAGUACCGACCAUUAAAGAGGAAUUGCUCAAUUAGGGGCGAAUAUGGACUGAUGGUUUUGAGUCCUUUCAAAGGUUUUUUUUUUUUGACAUGUUCACACAAAGAAAGGGGGAGGGAAAUUCAAACUAGCGACCUCCGCUUUAUGAGGCGUGGUUCACUGCCUAUUGAACUACCUCUUACGUACAGAAUCCUUUCAAAGUUAAGUACUAUAUAAUGUUUCAAGUUUUGUGAAAAAUUUCAUCUAACUGUUUGGCGUGCCAUUAUUGCAUUCGUAUCUCUUUAGUCUUUAUUGUG